AUGGCGUACAAUGUGUUCGGCGACCCCAUCGAAAACUCAACGUUGAAGGUGAUGCCGGAGUACAAGUGCAAGGCAAUAGAAAAAAAAGACAGGGCAAAAGUGGCUCUGCAGAUGAAAAAUGUCGGGGACAAGGACCUCAAUGCCAUUACGUUUGUGGAGAAUUUGAAGCAGCAGCAUGGUGAUGGAAUCUCCACACGUUGCCUUAUUUACAAUGCAACUGGGGAGACCUUAACCUAUUCUAUAAGUAAGGACUGGUGUGGGCAAAUUGGACCCUCCCCCUACCCUGCACUCAUUGCAAAUGGGCAGUGGGGUGCCUUUCUACAUGUCCAAAAACUUGGAACGCCUGAAGGAUCUGUUGCCACUGUUGUGUACAAGGGCACGAACAAGGACGGUCAGGUCCAUGGCCGGCUGCUUGCAUGGAGCAACAAUAGGGUUGCCUAUAAAAACACGGUAGAUUAUUUUCGGUUCGGAUCAUAUUCGUUGAGUAACUAUAGAUCGAUGUUGCCAUGGAGCAACAAUGUGAUUGCCGGUAAAAACAUGGUGUUUACUGAGAGCCGAACUGCUACACACU